AUGAGAGACAAGUUAUAAAAGGAAAACUAGAGGAAAUAUUAUGACAACUAUUUUAACCAGAGAAUAAAACUAGUAAAUGCUAGUAAUUCUAAAAAUAAGAGCAUGAAUCAAAGCUAAGGGAAUAUUAAUAGUUUAAAUGGAGUUUACAUUAAGGAUUUAGAGUUAGAGGAGCAGAUGUUUACUCUUUCGAAUGGGGUUAAGGAACUUUCAAAUAAUCUUAGUGAAGAUGCCCUAUUUAUUGAAACUGGAAUGAGCUCAUUACUUAAUUUAGUAGAUUAGACAUUGAUAAAUGUAAAAAUUCAGCAAACUAUUGGGAGCAUUGUAAUAGGAAGAGAGAGGAGCAAUAGUAAAGGUAAGCCUAAAACCAUGCGAUAGAGUGAGUCCAGUCAUCCUGCAAAUAAAAGCUUUGGCUAAUAACCUAUGCAAUCAUCAAGAAACAAUAAUGUUUCUACUUAAUAAAAAGCAGUGUAAAAAUAAUAAAGUAAGAGCCAGUAUUCAAAUUUAAAGCCAAGCGAAAUUAAAAGCAGCUAAAUCCUAACUACUAAAAAAAAGGAAUCAGAGCAGGCAUUAUUAAUUAGAGAAUAUGGAAACUCAAUCUUGGUUAAUGAAUAUGAAGAGCCAAUUAACUUUUUGGAAUAGACAAAUGAUAAUAAGUUUUAUGAAUAUGACUAGCAAACUCUUAAUCUGUCAGUAACCUCUCCUGUAUAGUAAAACUAGAAAGUAAACAAUAUUUUAUACAACAAUCAAAAUCAAUCAACAACUUAAAAUCUUUAAAAGAAUUAGGCCUAAUCUUCAAGCACAUAAAUGCUUUAUAAUGGCUCUUUUUCAGAUUUAGGUAUUCCUGUAGCAAACACUGGAGGUAAAAAUCUAGGCUAAAAUAUAAAGACAAGAAAUCUCUAUAGCGAAAAGAUAAAUACGAUAGAUGAUAGCCAUUCUAAUUAGUAAAUUGGUUCCAUCGUCAAAAUUAUGGACAAUGGUAUUGAUUAAAGACUAAGAACUUCCGUAGAUCAAGAUUCUUUUGUUAACAAUACUACUCACGAGGAAGAAUCUCUAAUAUCUAAACUUGAAAAGACUAUUCAGCAGAAAAAGCAACUUUAGAAAAGUAACAGCUCAUAUGCCAAUAAUCCGAAGCAAUCUAAGGCUAAAGUAUUCAAAUGA